UAGUUUGCUUGGAAUGUGGGUGAACUAGAGAUGCAAACCAAAACCAAACCGGACAGAAGAGGCCAGAGGCAUCAUACGCAUGUAACUUCCACGGCAAUCAAUCCUGGGUGUGCUCUCACCACCGCCUGAAAGCGUCCGUCCACCGCGGCCGCACCUCUGCUCCCCGGACGGACGAGACGCCCCACCUCACUCACCUCUCUGACUGACCCAUUCCUCAAGAAAGCCGGGGAAAAGAGGUUGGGGAAAACGAGAGGCCUUGCCGCCUGGGCGCUCUCUCACGCUCAAGCACGCGGGGCGACGCACCAACCCGACGAAAAGAAAGAACUCUGCGGGCGGCAUUGUGUUUUUCAGGCGCCGCACCUAACCUUCUUUCCCCGGCCGGUGGUUUGUUUCAUGGUGCGGCGCGGGGCAGGGCGGGUGGGCGUGCUGUUUGGUGGCGGACAGGUGAGGUGAGGGAUGGCCGCCGGCGCCAGGGUGCCUGACCUCGGCUCCGACUUCGCCCAGAAGAUGCUGCACGACCUCCGCCGACGCCGCGAGAGGCUCGGCUUCUCGGGCUCGCCGUCGGCGCAGCAGCAGCGCGCGACAUCGUCCAACGCCGCCGCCGCGUCUCGGGAUGCUUGCUCAAAUUCUCAGAAACCGUCUCCAAGCCAGAGGCCGCAGCAGGCAGCAGCUGCCCCUCGAUCGACUAGACCAGAAGCAACGACGGCACCGAGAUCAUCACACCAGCAACAGCCCAGCACCAGCAAUGCCGUCGCCAGCGCCGCCAGGCCACGGCGAGGGCGCCCUGUCGCCGCCGACGCCGACGCGCGCGCCAUCGUUCCGUUCCAAGGAGGCAGCGCAGGGGACCGCAAGACGGAGCAUGCCGUCGUCGCGAGCAGCGUCGACGUGCAGAUGGCCGCGCUGGCCCUCGCGCUCAGCGACGGCGGGAAGCUCCGGAACAUGGAGGUCGUGGCGCGCAACGGCUCCGUCUUCUUCCGGCAGCCGGACACGGCCCGUCCAGGCGGCGGCGGCGGCGGCUACCUCCUGCCGCCGCCGCCUUCCGGAGGAGGUACAGGCACGCACGCCGGCGAGGUGGCGGUCGGGGUGCAGGACCUGAACGACAUGCUCAUGGCGGCCUACUCCUCGGGCGGGAGGAGGAGGCCCGACGACGAGGCCCGGAAGAAGCUCUUCAGAGGGUCCAUGGACAUGGAGGAGGCGCUGAGCAUGCUGGUCAUGCUCCAGGACGCCUCCAGGUACAUGGAAGGGUCGGGGAGCGGGCUCAAGGGCAAGGAGAACCGCAAGAGCUCGCCGGCGACGCGCUCCGCGAGGAUCGAGGAGAUCGUUGACGAGGAUUCAGAUGCCGAGCAGGCCAAGCAUGCUUCCAUGCAGAUGGUUGUCCACGACAAAUUUCAGAGCCAUCAGAGUACAGACAGCAGCUCACUCAUUCAGUCUGGUUCAAGCGGUUCCAAGAUCAACAGUGCUUCUGAAGGUGAAAAGGAUGGCUCGAAGGUGAGGAUGCCGAGUGUGAUCGCCAAGCUGAUGGGGCUGGAGAAUCUGCCUUCGUCGACGUCGACGACAACGAAGACCGUCGCAGAGCGCAAGGGGACGGAGAGGUUUGUGAAACCUGGAGCUGUGCCAAGAAUGGAGAUCAAAGCAGAUGCGAUGAACCGCAAACUGCCGAUACGGAUCAUAGCUUCAGAGAAGGGUCAGCACAAGAUUGUGUUGGCAGGGGAGUGGAAGAACAGCCUGACAAACUUUGGAGAGUCUGAAAUGGGUGCUGCUGCACUGUCAAACAGUUCAUCACACCCUGCACCUGGUAAUAAUAGCAGGCAAGGAAGGCUAACCAUGAGAGAAGUGCUGAGAAAGAUGGUAGCUGAUGAGAGGAUCAUCCAUGAGGACAAGACGGCUGCCGAAGAAAUCAAACUGCAGAACUCUGUCGACGUCGGGUGCCGCGCCGACUCGGGCAAGAGGAUGGAUUUUCUGAAAAGAUUCAGGAAGAAUUCAGACAACAGGCCUGUUAAGGAGGAGAAGCACACUGCUCAGGUCAAGAGUGCAGAAGUUGAAAAGAAGCAGGCCACGGGCAUGAGACGGUUGCUGGGGAGAGACGGCGAGGCAAAAUCGAGGAAGGCGAGGGAGAAGGUUAACAAGGAGAACCUUGCCAGUGCAGAAGCCAAGGCUGCAGGGAAGAAUGGGAAGACAGAUCAGGUCAAACAUCAAGCACAAAGUAAACAUGUAGACAGACAAAGCAAGCCGAGGAAACCGCAGAAUCGUCGGGAAAUGCAGAGCGAAACGCCUAGUCGGAAGUUGGAAAACAAGAAGAAGUCACCGAUGCCAGAAGCAGGGCAUAUGAAAAAGAAGCCUGAGUAUACUGUAGUGACACACACACAACAGGAGAGUGAAGAACAUGCAAAAAAGAAUGAUACUAUCAGUUCUACCAAACCAGCAGAUAGUGCACGCGGCGAAGACGGUAUGUCGGAACCAUUGGCAAUGGUAGUGAGAAGUGGCACCGCAGCUGGAGCAGCUUCCUUGGACCAACCUGCACAGAAUAAAACUGAAGGAUCUGGCAAACCAGCAGAUAGCACACAUGGUGAAGACGGUUUGUCAGAGCCAUUGGCAAUAGUAGUGAGAGAUAGCAGCACAGCUGGAGAAGCUUCCUUGGACCAACCUUUGCAGGAAGUAACUGAAGGAAGUUGUGAUCCUACUCCUACAAUUCCUGUACAGACUGUUGUUAUGCAGGCAAGUGAGGAUUUGGAGCUCUUGGAUGAGAGUGCGAUUGCUCAGAUAAAUGAUGAAAGGAUCAACCCCACACCUAGCGAGAGUACAAAGAUACCUGAAAUAUUUGCCGAGGAAGAACAGCAGCAGCAACAAAUGAUAGUGAAAGAGCAACUAACGGAUGGUACCCACAUUCUAGGAACUGAAGGAACUAGUGAUCCUACUCUUACAACUCCUGCACACAAUGUUGUACAGGCAAGCGAGGAUUUGAAGUUCUUGGAUCAGAGUGCAAUUGCUGAGAUAAAUGAUGAAAGGAUCAACCCCACACCUAGUGAGAGUACACAGAUACCUGAAACAUUCACCGAGGAAGAACAACAUCAACAGCAGCAGCAGCAAAUGAUAGUGAAAGAGCAACUAACCGAGGAUUUGAAGUUAUUGGAUCAGAGUGCGAUUCCUGAGACAAACGAUGAAUGGAUCAACCACACACCUAGUGAGGGCACACAAAUGCCUGAAACAUUUGCCGAGGAAGAACAACAGCAGCAACAACAAGAACAAGAACAACAAACGAUAGUGACACCGGAAGCAUUUACCGAGGAGGAAGAACAGCAGCAACAAAUGAUAGUGAAAGAGCAACUAACUGAAGGCUCUGACGAUCAUACCACAGCGUCCAUCAGUUCUGAAAAAUUGCAGGACCAGAAGACGCAUGUCAUUACAUGCGAUUCUUUGACAGAGAACCAGCUCCUGCUCAUGAGACUGCUGGUGAAGGAUCGGUACUUGCUGGAAACCGCAAAGGCGAUCGUCAGAGUCGAUGCUCCCGUCAGUUUCAUGGACGACGACGACGGCGCGCGGAACUGGUCGGACAAGGGCAACGAUCUCCUCUCCGACGUUGCCCGGGAGGUGACCAGAAGGAAAGGCAAACGGAGCGAGGCCAUGGAGGAGGUCAGCGUGGCGCGCACCGCCAACCUGAGGCUGCGUUACCUCGACGAUCUCGUCAGAGAGCUGGACGGUGACGUUGAGAGCCUGGACAUGUCCAAGCGCAAGAGAACUCAGCAGCACGGCGACAAUCGCGCGGCCGAAAAUCUGCGCAGGAUACUUGAGAGUGACAUUCAGAAUGAUCACCCCGACGCCAACUCGACGUGGGAUUUCGGGUGGAACCGCGUGUGGGAGCUGCCGUUGGAGAAGGGCGACGUCGUGAGGGAUCUGGAGAAGAACAUACUGGGCGGCAUCAUCACCGACGUGGCGAGGGAUCUCAUCGGGGUAUCGGUGCGACAUGGCUGUUGUCCCUGCGUGGCUUGAGUGGAGCUGAGGAGUGCUGCACCUGCACAGCCGCGCAGGAGAGAAAACUUUUAGAGUGAUUGUGGUCACUAGGUUAGGCUAAUUUUUUGAUCUGUACCACGUUUAUUCGCUGUAAAUAACUUCUGUGAGGUUUCUCUAUAUUAAGGAAAUGUGUGUGUUCGGUGUUCCCUUC